CUCUGAGCUGUGUGUAUGUCUCUAGGCUGCUGUAGCCUAGCCAUGUUGUAGCCUUCCUUCACCUCUUCCACAGCUGUCAGCCAGCAGCUCCAGUGUGAUUCAGCUGCAGUUGGGCUCUGCUGUCUUCAAGUGUCUCUGUUUGCAGCUGAGGAUUUUGUUGCCCUUGGAAGGAUACUCUCUGUCUUUCUGGCAAAUCAGAGAGAGAAAGAGAGGGACAGAGGAAAAGAGGAAGACAAGAGAAGGAAGAGUGAUAGCAGACCAGUAGUGACCUUCGAGGCGUGGUGGCAAAGCAGAGGAGGAGGAGGAACCGGGGACGUGUGCAAGAUCCAUCAGGUGCACUCUCACACGCUUCCAUCUUACAUUAAUAUCCUGAUUCUGUGAUUGUUUAACCCUCAGCCUUGGUUCAAUUUCCAUCUUUACGGAGCAGUGAUAUGGACACCAGGUGUGGUGACGUCCAGCUCUCUGUGGGUGUGUGUGGGAUGUCGUGUCAGGGCUGAAGCCCAUCCCUCUCCCAUGAGCCUGUGUGCCCACACACACACCUGGCGCCUCCACGCACACACCCGGCGCCCACGCACGCACAGCCGGCACUGACGCUGUGAACUGGACCCUCUGAGCCCAGCGGAGCCAAGUGGAGCGGAGUCUAGCCCAGUUGGAGCCUGAGGAUGUCAACAGAGACAGAGCUACAGCCAGCGGUCAGGCCCAGCAGCAUUAGACGGGACUCCAAGAGGAAAGGGCAGGAUCGCAGUGAGGCGGCUCUCAUCAGACGCUUUAAAGUCGAUGGCGUACGCUACAAGGCCAAGCUCAUCGGCCUGGACGAGGUCACUGCAGCCCGCGGAGACAAACUCUGCCAGGACUCGAUGAUGAAGCUCAAGGGUAUUGCUGCAGCAGCACGGUCCAAAGGAGAACACAAACAGAAGGUGUUUCUGACUGUUUCCUUUGGUGGGAUCAAGAUCUUUGAUGAGAAGUCAGGGGUCCUCCUACACCACCAUGCAGUCCAUGAGAUCUCCUACAUCGCCAAGGACAUCACAGACCACCGAGCUUUUGGAUAUGUCUGCGGGAAGGAAGGGAACCACCGCUUCAUGGCUAUCAAGACGGCACAGUCGGCGGAGCCUGUGAUUCUGGACCUGCGGGACUUGUUCCAGCUCAUCUAUGAGAUAAAGCAGAGGGAGGAGAUGGAGAAGAAGGCCCAGAAGGACAAGCAGUGUGAGCAGGCCGUCUACCAGACAAUAUUGGAGGAGGAUCUGGAGGACCCAGUCUACCAGUACAUUGUGUUUGAGGCGGGACACGAGCCCAUCCGUGACCAAUCAGAAGAGAGCAUUUAUCAGGUGCCCACCAGUCAGCAGAAGGAAGGGGUCUAUGAUGUCCCAAAGCGACACCCAAACGGACAUCAUCAAGUCACCCCCCACCACCCUCAUCAUCAUCAUCAUCAUCAGCAGCAGCAGCAGCAGCAGCAGCAUCAUAAUCAUAAUCAACCCCUUAAACAACAACAACAAACUGAACCACAGCAGCAACAGCAGGCAGUGGCAGAUCUGAUAGAUCUGGGAAUGGUGACUCAGAAUAUCAACCAAUUAGAGAUUUUUGGAGACAUGUCCACACCACCUGACAUCACCUCUCCAUCGACUCCCGCCUCUCCAGCCAACACCCUUGACCCCACGCAGGGCCUGCAGCCUCCCACAGAACUGUUCGCUCCGUUCAAUCCUGCAUCAGUGCCCUCAGGUUAUGUGACAAUGGGAGCAGUUCCCCCCGGCCACUGGUCCCAGCAGGCAUUUGCUGCACAGACACCGUUGGCCUUUGGAGUCCAGUCUCCACUAGGCCCAGUAGCUCAGGUGCUGCCAGGCGGCCAGCCUCUCAUCUGGGGCCAGGCGAACAUCUUCCCUGCCACCCAGCAGCAGUGGGCAGCCAUGGCAGCCGGAGCCUUCUCCCCCACAGCCUACCUCCCCGCCCAGCCAGUGGGCACACUGCCCGCCGCCAUGUUCCAGACUCUCACCCCCGUCACAACUGUGACUCCAGCUGGCGAGAGCCAUUCAGCUGCUGGAGCAAGCGCUUCAGCACCUUCCCCUUCGGCGUCAUCGAGUCCGCAGCACGAGGAGAGAGGGAAGAAGAUGACCAAGGAGAUGUUCAAGGAUUUUCAGCUGGCGAAGCCUCCAGCCAUGCCGUUAAAGAAGGCUGAACAGCCCAACUUAGCAGGAACCUCAGAGGCAUUCAGCACUUACUUCAGCCGCGUGGGCACUGCCCAGGACACGGACGACUGUGAUGACUUUGACAUUUCACAAAUGAAUCUGACACCAGUCACGUCCACGACACCAUCCACCAACUCACCACCCACCCCGGCUCCCAGGCAGAGCUCUCCCUCCAAGUCUUCAGCCUCCCAUGUCAGUGACCCCCCCACCGACGCCACAGACCCCCCCACAGACGACUCAUUCGGGGAAACGGAGGGCAGCCCUUGUCGCAGUGGAGAGGAAGAUGCUGCGUGUGGUUCUGGGUCGCCCUGCCCCAGUGAAACAGCAGAUCCCAGCCCAGACCAGGACAGUCCAGAGGCUGGGAGCUAGAUAGAGGAAGGGCAGGAAGGGGAAAGACCCUCUCUACGCCCAGAUCAACAAAGGGAAGAAAUAGAGACACAAAGGAAGACAGACCUGACUCCCACUGAGAGAACAGGAGGAGAACCCUGUGUGUGUGUGUGUGUGUGUGUGCGUGUGCCUGUGUGUGUGUGUGUCCUUCUUCUCCUCUGGCUAACAAGUCCCUGGGAGGAGCCUCCACACUUCACCUGUCCCCCGUCUCCUCCGUCCCUACUGUGCUCCUCCUCCCCUCCUCCUGAGGGGAGAGGACCGUCUAAGUCAGUCACUCCAGGCAGGAGGGAUGUCAAUCAGUCCUGUUCUCCCUCCAACGCCAUUGUCCUCUCCUCCUCUCUCUCCUCCCUGUGGUGACUCACACCCGGCCUUAUAGACAAAAACCUGACCCUCCCUUUCUAUCUCUCUCUCUCUCUCUGUCUCUCCCACCACUCCUUCCUCCUCCUCCUCCUCUCUGUCUUCUUGUCUUCUCACACACCUCCCUCUGCCUCCUGUGUCUGGCCAGAGUCUGUGCUGCCAAGGAGGGACUGAAUCAAGCAGUGCCUCUCUAUCUCCGACACCCACCUACACACAUGCACGCUCAUUGGGAUUAGAGUGUUCAUCUUUCCUUUUAACGGACAGAAACUCCAUCUGUAGCAAGGACGUCCCACAGGAGGAGCCAGACUCUUAACGGGCCUCUCGGGGACGGCGCAUCACUGGGAUCGCUGCUUCUGAUUGGUCGUUGGUUCAGACAAUUUUUCACCGUUCUCGUGAGUGUCUGCUGGAUCACUAUGCAGAGACAGACUCCCUGGGAGCUACUCACACACCAACUACUCUUAUGCUGUGCACAGUAAUCAGCUACACCACACACACACACACACACACGCACACACGCACACACACACACACACACACACAGUGAUUUGCCUCGCCUCGCAGACAGACUCCUUCAGAAGCCAGAGAACCACACACGCUGAAGAACGGACCCAGAGAGGGAAGUGUUGCAAGUCAAACAGAUCCUGUGAUCGAACUGUUCAUUCUCUAUAGCUUUUGUACAAUACCGAUUUAAAAGAAAAAAAGAACAAAUUGAAAAAUGUAAUUUUUAUUUUAUAAGUCAAUCAAGCCGCUGGAGUCAGCUCUAUAGGAGUUAUAGAGUCACCUUGGCUUUAAGGCAUCUGAUCGUUGGUUUGCCAAACUCAUUUUGUAAAUAAUAACAACAACAACAACAACCAUUUUGUCCGCUGGACUUCUGUGCCAUAAAAUAGGAAGGCUUCAGUUAUGCAAUCUCUUGACAUUAACCCAAGCAAUACCAACAUAUGUAUUUCUUUUUCCUGUCCUCCCACUUCAUUUUGAUUCUCCCCCAAAAACGUUGUUUGUUUUUCUUGUGCAUGGACGUAAUUGUUUUUUGUCUUCGCCUCACCAACUAAUCUAGCUCUAAACCCUGCACCAUGUCCCACUAUCCCAUGUUAUUAUGUCCCAAACACUUUGUGUGUCUCUGUACCACAAGCCUUUAUUCCUGUGUUGCAGGCAGGAGCCUCUGUCUCCUUCACUGUAGCCCGCUCAGCUCCCGCUCUCCAUCCCGUCCCUCCCACUGUAGUCAUAUACUGUGAUGCUCAGCCCAUCUGUCUGUCUGUUGUUCAGGUGCCAAAACCGCUGCUGUCCAACCAUUUGUGUGUGGACUGCAGCAUCCUCUGCUACAGCUACAUCAAGUGUGAUGCCAAUGACUCCCUAUUUUAUGGCCAGAGUCCUCAUGUCACUUGAGAAACCUUUUGGACUAUGACUUUGAUUAACUUAACACAAAUGUGAUGAACUAGAAGACAAGCAACGAAGCUGAAAUAAAAAGGGAAACAUUGCUGUUUGAGUACAUAACAUUUCUAGACCUAUUUUAACUUUACCUCAGCUAACAGUUUCUUAAUGUAAAUUGACACAUUAUUUUUAUCUUGAGGAAUAUGACAUUCUACAGUGGGUUUUUAGAUGAUUUCUUUUUUUGGUUCCCUCUUGAUUUACGUAUUCCACCAUGUAUUACUGUUACAAAUAAACACAUCCCAAAUGAA